GGACCAUCCAAGCUGUUACUAGCCAAUUCAAAUGAAAAUAAACCAAGAUAAGUGUUGUAAAUUAGUCUGUUGUGCAUUGUUAGUUCAUGUUAUCUAAUGUAGGUAUAUCUAUAUAAUAAUAGUACAGUAGACACAUUUUGGUCUGAUUUUAUAUUAGUGUUUAAUUUGUUGUGUAAUUAGGUAGUUCAUUAUACACAGUAAUUGCCUGAAUGUGAAAUUAUUAUUUUUUAUCUGCUUGUAUGUAAUUGCUAAAACAGGGUAAUUAAUUUUAGUUACAUGUAGUCUAACAUGGACACCAUGUCUACUGAAGUUAACGUACAAUCAUAAAAUCGCAAGUAACGGCCCUCUGACAGAGGAGAAAGUUACAUUUGUAGGUGUGACACACACGAAACUCCCACGUGGCCCUUGUGAUUGAGGUCUGAAUGAGUCAAGCAUGUUCACUUGAAUAGUUUUCUCUCUAUUACACAUUAAAAGUGAGUCAAAGCGCCCUACCUCUCUUAAACACAGGGGAGAAGUCCAUCAGCCCCCAUUCUGUUCACAGAAGCGCUGUGGGGCAGAAUAGCGCACAGGCGUCGCGCGCUAAGUAUGCUAUCUCCCCAUCGGACCGGAGGAGACAGACAGACACGCCAAAACCACCGAUUCCGACCUCCGUCUUGUCAUUAUAUGUUCAGGCGGAAUCAUGCCUGCAUACCGCUGUCAGUGAAAGCGAAGACAAUAACGAGACACGACUGAUCUGUAUUUAAUAUUCCCAUGUUCCACAUGAGGAAGGUUAAGAUUGGAGAAAGCAUUUGUGUACUAGUAUUGCUUUUUUCUGGGCUCGUGACGUGCUCGGGUGUUUUCGGAAGCCCUUUAACUGAUGAUGUUGCCACUCUGGAAACACUGAGUGAGAACAUUCCCAAUGACUACAGAAUACCUCUGGAUUUUAUCUCCAAGGACAUGGGUGGAACCUGCUGGCUACAUUUGAACCUGUUUCCAGUUGAAAGCGGUUUAAAGGCACUAUCACUCAGAUUUGGCAACCUGUCCAUGAACAAAGCAAACAUUACUAUAUUUAUAACUAUGCUGCAGGGCUUUCGUUUCACCCUUGACCGAGAGGAGCUGGAGUUCACAAUGCAAACAUUCAAUUGUCACUACAGACGGGUAAAGUGGCCCACAAGACGAUUCUUUGCCCAUGUUAAAGAUGUUCUUACAGCGACUGGGUCCACCCUUGGCGAGUUUCAUCACUGUGCCCCGCCUCCUUGCAAGAACCGUGAAGCCCCAACUUUCACACCAGGUCAAAUUAGACAACAGAAUGGAAUGAACAGAGUGUUUCAUGGGCUCUUGGCACUGUUCAUCAUACCAUAUAUGGCAGUCCUAGUUCUUACUGUCAGAAUGGUAUUCAGAAGAGGAGGGUGUUGCCCACAAAGGAGGCAUGAAACAUCAAUCAGUUUAGAUGAGCUCCACGACAGAGCUGCAGAAAGUGGCCCCGAGCUACAUAGCGGAGAUAUGCAUCUUCACAGAGAGCCUCUCAGUGGAGCUGCAGGAGGGGACCCGCUGUCCAGCCCUCAUAGUCAACAGGACAGUGUGUGGGUGGAUUCUUCAGGGUCUGCAGAUACAGAAGUCUAAUCUAAAAUGCACGAGGGGAUCAAAGGAAACUGCAGUAUUUUUUACUGGAAAUCUCUGGAUUUAUGAAGUGAACAAUUAAGGGAAUGGAAUAUUGGAAUAUUGUCACUGUGCCAGGGGGCAAACGAGAGCAUUACAAUGGAAUUAUUUAUUGUGAGACAGACGUUUGUAGGCUUACUCAUCAAGCCUUACCUGCUAACCACAAAAAUACUGAGCUGAAGAGGCAAAUCGCAACUUCUGUUGAGCUCAACUAAUCAGUGAGAGACUGUUACUCUGGUAUGCCAUCCUACUGUAUAAAACAGCCAUGGGAAAACCUUUAUGACUUCAUCCGGCAGGAAGUGUGGCUCUUUGAUGAGCUUGUUGAGUGGCAGAGAGGCAUUUGCUGCAAUGCCCGCAGCAGCUCGCUGGCUUUGAGGAAGCCACUGGUCCUAAAGGCCUCUGGAAGAUAAAUGGUUUUUUGUGCCAACAACACAUUGCAUGAGGAAGACGGUUUAUGUUGCACCACAAAUCCUCUUUGGAACAGAGCACUUGCUUGUCUAGAAUACGUUUGAUUUAGAGCGUAGACAACAGUCUCGAGAUUUCUGGUGUUUUUUAACUAAUUUGUCUUUUUUGACUUGAUGCUGAUGGAAAGGACCUGGACACAUCAGAUCCAUGUCUGUAAACAUUGCUCCUACAUUGAUCCAUUUCUUCUGUAGAGAGUGGAUGUAGCAUUGGGUCUAAUUUAUUUAUAUUUGCAUAUGAGUGUUCUUUCCUAUUUGUGCAAAAAAGCUUCUGCCGGAUUCACAACAGGUGCAUUUCCACUUAAAUUUGUCCUUAGUCUCACUCUAAUGCUGAUGAAUCUGUAAUAAGGGAAUUAUUAUUCGAAAUCAGGGAGAGCAUGUCUGCGGUUAAUGGAAUAGUUCACCCAAAAAUGAAAAAUUAUCUCAUGAUUUACUCACCCUCAUGCCAUCCCAGAUGUGUAUGAAUUUUUUUC